GCGCUUCCAGCACCUUCGUCGGCGGCAUGCGCUACUUGAUCAGCGGGGCUUCCCUGCACAAUACGAAAUCUCUCGGAGGAUCCCUCGGACGCACAUUACUUGGUCUGAACAGUCUGGCGACCACUCAUGCAUGGCAAAUCGUGUCACGUCGGGCUGACGAAGCCGACAUGUUGACGAGGCAGUUGAAACUGAGCUUGGGCGCUAACGUUGCUUCCUCCUUCAAUUCCGUGGUGCAUGGCUCUCUUGUGCCAAAUCAUGCUGAGAACAUCGCGAAAGAGUUUAAAUCCGCAAAGGCGACGGGGCUUGUGCUCCUUCCAAACGCCAUCGAACCCUCCCAGUGGAGUGAGUCGCAGGCAUUGUUGGCGGCGGCAAAGUUUGCCAACUUGCAGCACAUCAUUUUGAUUUCUACGUAUGCCUCGCAUGCUUCGUCCUUACUUCCGAGCGGUGUGGCAUGGGCGGCACUGGAAAAAGAAGCCGAGGAGACAAAGAUCCCGUUGACAAUCAUUCGACCCACGACCUUGAUGCAAUCCAUGCUCAACGGCACUUGGGGCGAAAGCAUUUGCGGCCGGAACUUGUCUGUCUCGAUGAAUCGGGCGCGCAUCUCGUUUGUGCAUUCGCUGGAUGUGGCCGAGGUCGUCAACCACACGAUGGCCAAGCCGGCGUCACCCUCCACGACACUCCAUCUUACUGGCCCCGAAGCUCUGACUUGGGACGAGGUGGCUUCUACGUUUUCUCGUCACUUGGACUCCCCCGUGCGGCUGUCCAAGGUGCCCUUGUGGGUCGUCCAGCCCUCGUUGUGGGUUCGAGGCAAAAACCCAGAUGAAAUCCGUGAAAUCAUCAACUUGUCCAAGUACUACGAAGCUGGGGGCGAGUCCGAAGUGACGUCGACGGUGGAGUCCAUCCUCGGCCGUCCGCCCAUCUCGUUUGAGUCGUUCGUGGUCGCCAACAAGUCGCAGUGGCCGCAUUUGCACCAAUAACUCGAUGUCGUCAACACAAUAUAUAUACAAUAUACUUUGCGUCGGAAUGUGUAUUCAAC